AGCUGCCCCGGUCCCGGCCCCCCUCGGGGAUGGGGUGGGCAGCGCUGGGAGCAGCCGGUUUUGGGGAGCCUGAGCCAGCGCUGAUCGUCCCUGGCCGGGGCCGUCCUCCUCCAUAAACCCUCUGGGCCCCCCCCCCCCCCCGUCGCCCUCCCCGUCACCCCCCAUCGAGCCCCCACCCACCCCGGGGGCUCGGGGACCACGGUGGCUCCAGUGCCACAGCCCGAGGGGGACCCCCGGGUGUGCCCCAACCCUGCGCCAUCCCCCGGGAUUUAAUCCGACCCCCAAAACCAGCCGGGGGCAGCCGGCAGUGAACGGAGCCGGGCCGGGGGGGGCAGUGCCGGGGGGUGUCGCUGCGGUGUGGGGUCGGGGUGCCCGUGCCAGGGCGGGCGAUGCUCCCGGGCUGGCGGUGGGGAGCGAUGGCGCCUGCACCCCCGCCCGGCGUGAGUCAGCCGGGGGCUCUGACGCAGUCCCACCGCCGCCGUCGCCAUGGAGGCCGCCCGUGCUCCGGCUACUGCCGGCGAGCGGCUCCGGCGGGGAUGCGCGGCUGCCCGUUCCCAGCAGGCCCCGCCGCACCGGGCGGCAUCCCCGGGCCUGCACCCCCGCAGGCACCGCCGUGCGCCCCCGCGCCCCCGUACCCCGCGCCCGGGCGGCCCGUGACGCGGCGGCGGCCCCGCGGGGAGGAGCCUCCCUCGCUCCGCUCCCCGCCAUCAUCAAACUUUCCGCUCGCUCCCGGCCACCGGCGCUGCCUCCCUCGCACAUGGCACCGGCGCCCCGGGGCUGAGCCCUGCCACCGCCCCCGGGCGGGUGACGCCACCGUCGCUGCCGGCAGGAGCCGGGGACCCGCCACCGCCACCGUCACCGCCGCGGACUCCCGGGGCCGGCGGCUUUGGGCACGGCGCGGGAGGACGGGGCAGAGCGGAGAGUGGCAGCGGGAGGGAGCGGAGCCGGUGCCCAUGUGCCCGCGGUCCCGGCGGGGCGAUGAAGCGGCGAUGACGGCCGGCGAGGGGACCCUCCGGCCCUGGAAACCCGACCCGGGGCAGGCGCAGGGGGGGCGGCCGCCCCCGGGGCCGUCGCUGCCCCUGACCCUCACCGUCCUGGCCUGGCUGGGCACCGGCACCACCAUGGCCGGCCUCAACAAAUGGAUCUUCGCCACCCACGGCUUCCGCUACCCGCUGCUGCUGUCGUCCCUCCACAUGCUGUCGGGGGUGGCCGUGGGGUACCCCCUGGGCUGGGCGCGGGGACCGUCGUCGCCGGCGCCCCGGCCCCGCGCCAGGAUCUACCUGCUCAGCCUCACCUUCUGCACCAGCGUGGCGUUGGGCAACCUGGGCUUGAGCUACGUGCAGCUGGACGUGGCGCAGGCGGUGGCCACCACCACCCCGCUGGUCACCCUGCUGCUGUCGGGGCUGCUGGGGGGCCGGCGGCACCACCCGCUGCAGUACGUCGCCAUGGGGCCCGUCUGCGCCGGGGCCGCCUGCAGCAUCGCCGGCGGGCUCCGCUUCUACCAGCCCGGCUGCGGCUUCCUCCUGGCCGCCACCGUCCUCCGCGCCCUCAAGUCCGUACAGCAGAGCGUGCUGCUGCAGCAGGACCGGCUGGACGCCCUCUCCCUGCUCUGCCUGACCUCCCUGCCCAGCUUCUGCCUGCUCUUCGGGGCGGCCGUGGCGCUGGAGGUGGGGCCCUCCUGGCAGGGCGUCCUGCGCUACGACGGCACCCUCUGGGCCUGCGUCCUCCUCAGCUGCCUGGGCUCCGUCCUCUACAACCUGGCCACCUCCCGCGUCCUCUCCCUCACCUCUGCCCUCACCGUCCACGUCCUGGGCAACGUCACCGUGGUGGGCAACCUGCUGCUCUCCCGGCUCCUCUUCGGUAGCCACCUGAGCGGGCUCAGCUACCUGGGCAUCGGGCUGACGCUGGCCGGGAUGUUCAUGUACCACCAGCCGGACCUGAUCGCAGCGCGCUGGGUGGCACGGCCGGGACGGGGCCCCCCCGGGCGGGAGUAGGGUCCCCGCUGGGCGCGGGGUGGGGGGGCGGACGGGAAGCCGGGGGCGAGCGGGGCUCUGCGGGUGCACGGGCUGCGUGCACGGGGCAGGGCGUGCGGGCGUGCACAGCUCUGGUGUGCACGGGUGUGCUGGUGUGCACGGCAUUGCGCGCGUGUGCCAGCGUGCACGGUGCUGUGGGCACACCUGUACUGUGCACAGCUCUGUGUGCACGUGCGCUCGUUUGCACAGCUCUGUGUGCACGUGUGCUGGUGUGCAUGGCACUGUGCACGUGGGUGCGCCAGUGUGCACAUGUGUGUUGUGUGCACAGCUCUGUGCACAAGUGUGCGCUGCUGUGUGUGCACUGUGUGUGUCUCGGUGUGCGCGUGUCUACUGAUGGGCAUGGCGCUGUGCAUGUGUGUGUGCUGGUGUGCACAGCUCUGUGCACACGUGUGUUGAUGUGCACAGGCUCUGCGUGUGCAAGUGGCUCUGUGUACACAGCUCUGAGUGCGUGUGGGCACGUCUGGGUGUGCCCAGGCGCUGCAACUGUGAGUGGGUCUCUGCACGUGGCCGUGUGUGCGUGGGGGCAUGUGUGUGUUGGUGUGUGAAGGCUGCGCGUGCAAGCAGGUCUCAUGCAUGCGAGUACGUGUGCAUUGGUGCAGAGUCUGUACGUGUAAGUGUGUGUGCACGGCCCUACGGGCACGUGCGCACGCGUGUGCUGGUGUGCACAGGUUCUGUGUGUGCAGGUGUGUUGCUGUGUGUGUGCAGAGCCUUAUGUGCAGAUGUGCACACAUGCGUGUUGAUGCGCACAGGCUCUGCGUGUGCAAGCAGAUCUCAUGCAUGUGGGCAAGGGUGUGCUGCUGUGCACAGGCGCUGGGUGCACAAGUGUGGCUGUGCAGAGCCUUAUCUGCAGGUGUGCACAGCCUCUGCGUGCACGUGUGUGCUCGUGUGCACAGAUUCUGCGUGUGCAAAUGCACCUCUGAGCAUGCACAGCUCUGUGUGCGUGGGGGGUGUGUGUGUGCAGGCUGACAGGUACCGGCGUGCACUGGCUCUGCACGAGUGUCCCUGUGUGCACGCGCAGGCUGGGCACGCUCAGGGACGUGGCUGCGGAUACGCGACGCCGUGUGUCCGACUGCUGUCCUGCCUGGGGAAACACAGAGCAGCGUGGGUGCGCGUGGGUGUGCGCGUGUGUGUGCGCGCGCGUGUGUGUGCGUCACUACUGAGCUCUGCUGGCUGGAGUAAACGCGGGGCUGUGUGCACGCCUGGUUCUCGUGGCCGAACAAGAUGCGUGGGGAGGGGGCGGGUGAGUGUCCCCUCUCCUGUCCCCAACCCCGCUGUGCCACACCGAUCCCGCGGGGCUGCCGGUGCUGCUGCCCUCAUCGUCAUCGUCCCUGCCGUGUCGUCCGGGCUACCGCGGCUGCGGUCCCACCCCUCCCGCCUUGCCACGGCUGGGGCAGGCAGGGGCAGGCAGGGGCAGGCAGGGCUGCCUGCCCGACCCCGUGGUGAGAGCCCAACCGAGGGGACGGGGACGGCUCAGACCCACCAGCCAUCGCUCCGGGACGGUGCCGGGCUGUGGCAGGGCACGCGCUCACCUGGGCAAAGGGCCAUCCAGCGUGCGUACGCCCCGGCACCGACGCCGGCACACACCUCACCGGGAGCACCGGCACCGCUGCACGCAGCGUCUGUGGCGGCCGCUGCUGCGCUCGCCAUCUCUGCGCCGGGGCCGAAGGACCCAGCUCCGAUUGCACUUGUCCCGAAAUAAAGCUCUAUUUUUGUCGUACUCCAGCCUGGCUCCCAGGGCCAUCUCCCACCCGAAUCGCACGCCGGCGUCGUGGCAGGAAAGGAGGAACCACCCCGUGUAGGGACGGGAAACUGAGGCACAGAAAUGCCCCGGGAAGCCCCAGCUCCCCAGGGGAAGCCGUGCCCGCCGUGGCCGGUGUCUCCAUGCCCCGGUGCAGUGAAAGCCGCGGGGCCGGCACCGGGGCCCUCGCGCAGGACACGGGACGGACGCAGUGACGGGGGAGAGGAGUCACCGGCUGCACGUGUCCAGAGAAGGCCGGUGCUGCCGGGAGCCGGCACCGUCUGCCCACAGCGCGGCUUCGCCCUGCCCCGGGGCAGCGUGACGCUGGGGAGCAUCCUGUCCCCCGGCAUCACCCGUCCGGUCCCUCCCCAGCCCCGUGACUCACGGCACCCCGCAACCACAACCCGCUCCUCCUGGAAACUCCCUGCUCGCUCCCGCCCUUCUUCCCAGACAGCAAUUUUCUUCCGCUCAUCCAGGUGGCGAGUUUUGAGGCCGCUUCCAGAAGCGUCCCGGGAACGGCUUCUUCCCCAGCCCACGGCAUGCCGGUGCGCCUAGCGCUGAUGCCGCCUCCGCCGGGGUGCCCCGGGGUCAUGGCCGGAGCGGUGCCCGUCCCGCAAAGGACGCGCAGGGCCCCGUGUUAUCGGCAAACGGCCCCUGCUCCGGCCGGGAGCGCGGCAGCCACCGGCCUGUUUGCUCGUUGGGCUCACGUUUCAGAGGCUUCUCCGCGACGGGAGGGUUGGAAAUCGUUUUGGUUUUCGGGUUCCUUUCAAAAGGUGAGUCCCGGUGCGGCCCCGGGGCCAGGGCUGGGGGGAAAGUCCCCUCCCGGGCGUCACCAAGGACCUCGCGCCCACGCUGUCCCCUGCCAGGGGUCGGGAGAAGCGAGACCGGCAAAGCAGCCUGCGGCAUCGCUGGGAUGAGGAGCCCUUCCUGGGGCAGCGCUCGCCUGGCCCAGCCCCCUGACUCAUUUACUGGCGCUGGGGUCUGCCUGCAUCCCGCCUGCAUCCGCGGCUUUGCCUUGUCCCCCUGGUUUUUGGUGCUUCGUGGUGCUGGCCCCGUGCCCCGCUGCCGGGUGUCCCGGUGCAGGCUGGGGGCUGGCGCAGGGGUCCUGUGGGCAGCAUUUGCGCUGGGGCGGGGGGCUUUGACGCUGCCCAUGAAGAGCCUGGUGGCGGCGGGUGCGCUGGCCUGGCGUGGUGGCCCUCUCUCCGGGUAUUUCAGGCCGUGACCUCAGCCCGGUGGCAUCCAUCCACCCCGGCCAUCCCUCCGCUCUGGAUCGGGUUUCCCACAGGCACGGCGGCAGCUGCCCGUGUGCCGGAUCUGGUGCUGCCCCGGCAAAGUCGGACGAGGGGAAGGCAUCCCAGCGGGUGGGGGAGCCAACCGGGACAGCUCUGCUCCGAGGCAGACACGGCGCUGAGGAGAAGCCCCGGCGCACGGGGCGGGACAAGCCGCCGCAGCAGCUCCGAAGGACGGGACGGCCCUCGCGUGGGCACGCUGUCCCCGUGCCUUGGCCAACUGGCCGGCAGCGGCUUGCCGGUCCCUGCUGCGGUCUGGUUCCCCUCGCCAGUCCUGGCUCCCCGAGCCCAGUUUCGGUGCGGUGAGGGUACGGAGGCCGACGGUCGCCCUGGUCUAAGCGCCAUGACUCUGCCUCCGUCGCCCCUGCAGUGCGGGGUACUUCCCUCGCCCACGCAUCCCUCCACAGCCCUGGCCAAGCGUCCUCUGGGUUUUCACCUGUUUUUAAAUAACGCCCAACCGCAGGCAGCCCGGGAAACUGUUGUCACCCCCAUGCCCCCGUGCCGGGGCUCAUCAACCCCCGAGAUGCCGCUGCCCGGGGUUAACCACGUAGCAGGGACCCGGCACGUCGUCGGGUUUCUGCGCUCCCCGUCCUGAAAUGCAUGGAGGGGAUGGGAGACGCGCCGAGGGGUGACGGCUCUGAAGCGGGUGAGCGGUGGCGGCAAGGACGGGUGGCACCUCAACGUGCUUGGUCCCACCGUGCUGGAGGUGCUGGCUGGCGAGGAGCUCCAGGUGAAGUGUGAAAUUCUGUUUUUUUCUUGAUCUGCUCUUAAACCGCUGCUGAAAUCUUCCUCCGAGGCGGCGAUGGAGCACGCUGGGGACUGAGCUGUGAGCCGCUGCCCUUGGCAGAGGAGCAGCGUGUCUCCGUGCGGGGUGGAGGAGAAGAUCCAGGGCGGCUUUGCUGCGUGCCAGCCGGGUGCCUGGGAAUGCACGGCGGAAAUUUUCAGUGUUUCAGGACAGGGGAUUGACUGCUGCCCUCGGGGAUGCGGGGAGGCUCACCGCAUCAGCAGGGGGACGCCGGAUCUGCAGCUGGGAGGCAGCAAGGACAAACGCUUGCUAAGCCGGGAAAUGAUAUCCUUCCCUCACACGACGUGGUCUUAAACCUACUGUGUCGCAGUCUUCAACCGGUGUCAGGGACCAUCCUGACUGUGGAGCUGAAAGUACAGCAAAGCCUUUCUUGGGGUAGACAUGAAGAAAAAUGCAUUCUCCCCGGCAGGACAGCCCAGCCCAAUGAGGAACGCAAUGUCCAGCAGCGGCAAGCAACAUCUGAGGAUGCCUGAAGCAGCCCAAGCCUGGUUGGAGGCCAGGAGAUGGGCAGGAUGACCCUUCAGACUCUCUUCCAGCCCCACAGUCUCUGCUUCAGCACCCAGAAAGCCCCUCCAGAGUUUGCUCUUGACCAUUUUGGGGCAGGCUGGCUUUACUGGUGACUUCACUGCUCUGCCUCUAUGGCAUGGGCUCGGCGCUCUGCUCCGAGAAGGCUGCUGGCUGCCUGUGGCUGAGUUUCUAAAAGAUGAAAACACAUGAGCUUAAAGACAUUUUUAAAGUCAUAUGCGUUGUUUUAAUAACAUAACUUUGCAUCAUAAAGUAGGAGUCUGAAAUACAAAUGUUUAAGGCAGUUAGAAUAGCGUGGUAAUUACUGCACGCAUAACAAAACCCGCUAUAUAAAACCGUAAAUGAUCUGCAGGCUGUUGUGAAACACAGAUGGUGCCUUAGAGGCAGAACGAGAGCCUGGUGGGUGUCGGGUGCAGGUGUCUCACCUGGGUUCCGAUGGCUGUGGAGACAGAGGUGUUCAAGAAAGGGCUGGCAGCAGCACCACCGCCCCCUUCCUCCCACUUCUCUUGAGAGUUGUGCUCAAACCGAGAUGCUCACCCCGAUGCCAUGCCCGUGCUUGGCUCUGCACCCCACUGAGCUAGGUCUGGACUCCCACCCAACUUCCCAGCUUGGCCCUGGACCUGCCUCAUCGCCACGGAUGUGCCAGGCAGUCAGGACUCCAUCCACUUCCACAUACACAAAUCCCUGGUCUCCCCUCCCUGGGACGCAGCCAGUGGUGCCCUUCACUCCCGGCACACACGAGCAAGACAUCUGCAGGACCUGCUGGGGCUUGUGGCACUGCUGUUCUCCAUAGGGAAAGCCUGGUGUUCAACUGCAAAGCUGGAGAAGAGAGGGGUGGGAUGACUCUACAGUCACCAACUGCACCCUCGUCUGGUCAGAGAUCUGGUCUGAGAAGCACCAAGGUGCCAGGUGGUCAUGCAGUACGCAGGGCUCCUCCAAGAGGUUUGCCCUGUCUCUGUGAUACCCACACACCCAACCGGCUGGGUCUGUCCCUUCAACGUUUCCGUUUUCCAAGAGGAAGUUCUUACAUGUCUGUGAGGAGUCAGGUCUUUGCUCUACUUCUAAAAGGUGCCUUGGGAGACAAGCAGCGCACUCGAAGGAAGGCAAGGUGCUCUGUCACCCACCACACCGAUCACUUGAGCUUCUCUGAGACCUGCAGAGAGCCCGUUUUCAGGUUGCUCUUUGUGGGUGUGGAGGAGCACUUCCAAAGUGCCAUUGGUAGGAUAUGCAGUCAUAGCAUCGCAGAAUCAUUUCGGUUGGAGAAGACUUUUAAGAUCCAGUCCAACCAUUACCCCAGCACUGCCCAGCCCACCACUAACUCCUGUCCCUGAGCACCACAUCUACACGGCUUUUAAAUCCCUCCAGGGAUGGGGACUCCACCACUGCCCUAGGCAGCCUGUUCCAGUGCUGGACAACCCUUUGGGUGAAGAAAUUUUCCCUAAUGCCCAAUCUAAACCUCCCCUGGCACAACUUGAGGCCGUUUCCUCUCAUCCUGUCCCUUGUCACCUGGGAGAAGAGACCAACGCCCACCUGGCUAGACCCCCUCCCGCCAAAUGGGGCUGUGGGACCCCCUCACGCUGACCCAGGGGCUGUGGGACCUCUCGCACACACGUGCCAGCCCGGGGCCUCCCACUCGAAACAGGUCUGUUAUUGCCACUCAAGACAGAGCUGCUGGAGCUGAAAACUUCAAGCCGUGAUAAUUAGAAUUAACACAUGGCCAAGGUGUGCCCAGACCAGGCUUCUAGUUUAUAACGACGUGAUGACCUCGCCGCAAUGAAUCAAACCGCGAGCAGGCUUCCUCUCAGUGCUCCCAUCUUGGCCUCCCAGCCCGCCGGCAGUAAAUGGGGUUCUUUCCGAGCAGCUCACCCAAAUAACCGUGGAUCUCCCAAGGGAGGCCAAGGCACCUUCUGAAAAAGGGUUGGGGCAAUCAGGUGGGGCAAGAGAAAGGGUCAGGCACGGGAAAGCAGGACAUCCUUGGGUCUCUCCCAACCAGCGAUGCUGGAGUCUGCGCUGUUCCUGUGCUCAUGACUGGACGUAGGGUUGCUGUCUCAAAACCCAAAUCAUAUCCCAGUUAGGAAAAACAACUGUUGGUAACGCUCCAACUAUCCUGACUCACAGCUAGUUUCUGUCCUGCAUGAUAAGCACAGUUUGUGCUGGAAUAAACCAACACUCUCCCAACACGUGAUGGUUUCAGAGUUACUGUCGGGACCCUGAUACAAAUGACGUGUGAAAACGAACCGCAUAACUUAAACUGCGUUGAUUUUAUUUAUAGAAAACCCCACUACUCGCUGUUCGUAUCGCUAAUCGCCCAUACUUUCAGCGUCCGAGAUUUCUUGCUCUGACCCGCUCAGGAGAGAAGGGUUUAUUUUCAAUGCUCUGACACGGAUCUGGAAGAACUGCCCUUGGCUUUCCCUUGGUUUCUUGCCAGGAGGUGACAACAGCUCGUUUGUACUCAGAGCAGCAGCGUUACUCUUACUUCAUUUUCAGAAACACUGGGUAUCACCCCGGAAAGAGAGCUGAUCAUUCGGAGCCUGUUGACACCGAAGUUUGUACUUGUGGUGGAUGAGCUGCUGCCCGAAGCUGGUGAUGGGUGGGAUGGUGGGACCAGACCCAGGCGUGGGUGCUCUCCAGGGACACGGAGUGGUGCUUCACCAGAUAGGCCAAGCAGAAGGUGGGGACCUGCUCCCCACAGUGGCAUCUGACCCCGCGUGUCCCCACGCUGCCCAUCUUGACUGCUAUGGAGUGGAAGCAGCUGGAGAUGUGAGCGGCGAGGGCGUCCGUCACGAGGACGCGCAGGUACUCCAUGUUGGGACGGAGGGCGUCCACCACCUCCUGGGAGACACUGACAACGGUGCUGGCAAGCUCUGCAGACCUGGACCUUGACCUGGACAGCGACUUGCCCAACAGAGCCCUGCCCAACUCUGCCAGCCGCACCAGCCGCCAUGCCCUGCUGCUCCUGGAGGAGAAGCUCUGAUCUCAGCGUGUAGAAGCAAGCAGACAGGAUCUGGGCCAAGCUCUGGGCCCUUUCCUCACCCAAGAGGCUCCAAGGAGAGAAGGCGCUGAUACACCCCGUGUUCGGCACGCUGUGUCAGAGAUGCCCCAAGGCAGUGUUACAACAGGCAGGUGACUCGACCGUAGUCCUACGCAGACAAGACCCAGUACAGACAGUGUGACAGACAGGUGGGAGCGGUUUGAUUCAGCCUCAUCACAGGGCAGCACUGCCUGCAUUUGGCUUAGCAGGUAGCUCCCUCGCCUGUCCACGUGCUCAGGCUGGAACUGUAAAUAUAAUUAUCACCAGCGUAUGCUCACUGAACGGUAAAUCACAGGAGUUCGCACUGACCUGGAAACCCCUGAGAUGGAUGUGCAGCUGAAAAGAAAGAGCGGCUCCUGUGCGCCUCUCAUGAGACCAGCACUGCAGCUUCACCAGGCUUGUUUUCUGUGCAUGCUGCAUCAUUAUUAUCGAGCAAGAGGCUGACAGGAAACACAGCCCGAGAAGCAAGACGUUAGAUGCUGCCUGCUAUCGGCAUGGGUUCCCAGCAGCGGCUCCUUUGAGAUGACUCCGGCACUAGAGUUGUCUUCCUGCCUGAAGCCAUGGAUUAGGCAAAGGGGUCAAGUUUCUUGUUCUGCAGGCAGCAGCACAUGGCCUGUUCCCCAGCAUCCCCCCCAGGGAGGGGACAGGACUGGGUGUCCCGUCUUCUCCUGGAGAAGCAGAGGCAGCAGGACCCUGCCCUGGAGCAGCUGCUGGCUGUGCAGGAGCGGGCAGCUGGCGCUGUGCAGGCAGACGAGCCCCCCUCCUGAAGGAGAGCUGCCCAGGGACCUGCAGCCCUGCGACAGGUAGGGUGGAAAGGCUGGAAAGCAGCGGGACCCCCUGUGAAACCAGCCCCCUCGCCUGUGGUGAGAAGGUGCGGGGUGGCCAGCAAACGCCAGGAUACAGACCUGUGGUCAGAGCUGACUGCGGGCUGGUGGGAUCGGCUCCUCCCAGCCCGGCUCUGGGGAGCAGUGGGCAAAGCAUGCAGCCGUGGGGGCCAGUGAGACCUCCCUGCCUGCUCCCGCAGGUCCUCCUCUGUCCUACGGCCAGGAAAUCCCCACUCCUCACCAUUUGCUUUUUGUUUAAAUUCCCACACAGGCUGGACAGGACCCCCCUC